AUGGGACAUAAGGAGCAUGGAGGGACUUGGCACAUGGAAGCAGCUCAACUGGAUACGCAAAGGAAGAAGGGAGAAGCCAUCUUGAAGACCAGCUCGACCGUCGAGUUCCUCACUCGACCGGCCAAGCUUCAACUCGAUCGAGCUGGAAGUCAAAGUGUAUGCGAACUCGAUCGAGUCGGUCUAACUGAAGACUUGGUCGAGCUAGACAUUACAACGGGUAGAAAGAGGGUUCAGAGGUCACAGAGGGUACAAGAGGAACCUGAGGUGCUUGUUGCUGAUACAAUGGAUGUACCAGAGGGGAAUGGAAACCCUUUGGGCAUGGACUCGGUCGAGCUAGGCAAACUCGACCGAUUGGUCAAGGAGAUGCUCCAAACCGCCACCAACAGAGACAAGGGAUUGUUCCACCACCAGUGCAGAACCACAACUUUGAGAUCAAGCUGGGAAUGA